GCGGGAGGGGACGGGGACAGGGACACGGACGGGGACAGGGACAGGUGCGGCAACGCCACCGCGGCCCACCGGCGCUCGGCGGCCCCGCCACCGCCCCCACGGGCGCCGCGUCCCGCCGCCCGGCCGCGCGUCGUCAUCCCGGCGCGGCAUCACCCAGGCAUCACUGAGGCCUCGGCGGGAGCAGCACCGGGAGCAGCUGCAGCCGCGUUUCCCGACGGCCGGGACGGUGCCGGUGCCAUGAAGGAGGACCGCCAGCAUCCCGUCGAGCUGGGUUACGCCAUCACCAAACCCGACAUCCUGGCCGAGGUGGAGCGAGGGGACGAGGGGGGUGGCGGCGGCAGCGGGGCCUUACGGGGAGCACCAGAGCCCCCCGGCCCCCGCCGGCCCCGCCCGGGGUGAGCGCGACGCGGGGACGGGCGGGAUGGCGCCCCGGUGGCACCGGGAGCAGGAGUCGGGCGCCGGCCCGCAUCCCGCCCAGCCGGGAGCUUGGUCCCGCGGCAUCCCCGGUGAGGCGGCCGCUGCCCAACGCGCUCCUGUCUCCGCAGGGGACUGGCAGGGGAAGGAGGUGAAGAGCGAGCACGGCGUGUCCCCACCGCCCCGCUCGCCCCCGUCCCGCCACGCCGGCCCCGCCGACUUCCUCGUCCCGCUGCGGGAGCGGGGCUGCAGCUACUGCGGCGGCGGCGAGCCGGAGCCGCACCCCGCUGCCGGUAACGGGGGGUUCAUCGCCGCACCCCCCGCCUUCGAGAGCCGCCGCUGCCGGCCCGGGGAGCCGCCGCUGGAUUGCGCCGAGUGCGGCCGAGGCGUCGGGCAGAAGCCGGACCUGGUGCGGCACCGGCUGGGGCGCGGCACGGAGCUCGGCUGCGGCCGCUGCGGGAGAGGCCUCGCCGAGCCCGGGGGGCUGGGGGUCACCGGCAGCCCCCACCGCCCGCGGCCCUGCACCGGGCGCUCCCCGGGCACGGCGGAGGGAGCGGCGGCGGCGCCGCGGAAGGAGCGGAAGGAGCUGUCGCUGACCGAGAAGGUGCGCGUGCUGGAGAUGCUGGAGGGCCCCAAGGUGUCGCAGAGCGAGCUGGCCAAGCGCUUCGGCGUGUCGCAGCCCCAGAUCUGCCGCAUCAUCAAGAACAAGGAGCGCAUCCUGAGCGAGUGGCACCGCAACGGCGACCCCGAGCGCAAGCGCAAGCGGGAGGGGAAGGACGCGGCGCUGGAGGCCGCGCUGCUGCGCUGGGUGGAGGGUGCCCACGCUGCCGACCUGCCCGCAGGCCGCCCGCUGCUGCAGCUCAGGGCCGGGCACCCGGCCCGGCCCGAUCCCGAGCCCAGCGGCAGCUGGCUGGCUCGCCUGGGCGCUCGCCACGGCCUCGCCGGCAAGAAGCCGCCGGCGGAGAAAGGGGACGCGGAGCAGCCCACGGCGGAGCACUGGGCCGGCACGGUGCUGCCCGGGCUCCUCCGCAGCUACGCGCCCGCCGAGAUCUUCGCCUGCGGGGAGACGGCGGUGCCGCUCCCGGCCGGCGCCCUCGGCCAGGGCGAGAGCCCCGGCGAGCGGCUGACGCUGCUGCUCUGCGCCAACGCCAGCGGCUCGGAGAAGGUGCCGCUGCGGGCCGUGGGGGACAGCCCCCGGCCGCGCUGCCUGCGGGGCGUCAACCUGGAGCAGAUGCCGUGGAGCUACCGCGCCGGCAGCCCGGCCGGCCUGACCGCCCCGCUCUUCGCCGAGUGGCUGCGGGACUUCAACGAGGCCAUGCGGCGGAGGGGCAAGAGCGUCCUGCUCCUGCUGGCCAAGCACGAGGCGCACCCCUACCUCCAGCUGUCCAACGUCAGGAUGGUCUUCGUCCCGCCGGCCGCCGCCCUGGCCCAGCCCCUGGAGCGCGGCGUCGCCGGCGACCUCAGAGGUCACUACGGGCGCCGGCUGCUGCGGUGGCUGCCGGCGGAGCGCGGCGCGGGGCAGCCCAGCCUGCUGGAUGUGCUGCACAUGCUGGCGCAAGCCUGGGGCGACGUUCCCCCGGGGCUCAUCGCCGGCUGCUUCCGCGCCGCCGGCUUCACCAGCGGCGCCGAGGCCGUGUCCCUCGCCCCGGCCCCCGGCCUGCUCGGCCAGGAGCAGCCGGAGCCGGCGGAGGCGGACGGGGACGAGGCCGUGACGGAGGGGGAGGACGCGGGCGAGCUGGCGGCCGUGCCGCCCUGCCCCUCGGAACGGGAGGUCUGGAAGAGCCUGGCCACGCUGCGGCGGUACCUGGAGUGCCAGGCCACCUCGCCGGAUCUCUUCCAGGCCUUCUACGAGCUGGAGGACGCGGUGCACAUGGUGUCGGCCGGCGCAGGGCGGGCCUUCCUCGGGGACACCCCUCCCCAGCAGUGACAGCCACACGUGCCCGGACCCGCUUGUGCCCCUGAGAGGGGCCGGAGCUCGCUGGGGCUGUCGCCAGCCCCGCCUGGCCGCUGUUCCCUGCAGUUGUGCCGUGGGGUUUGCAGUGGCAGUGCUGGGGACACAAAGCUGCUGCCAGAACCUUCUCCCAGGGAGUGGCUGCUGCAGCCAGCAGGAAACGAUGUGGAGCUGCUGCCAGCGGGGAUGUGCCCUGCGUGGGGUAGUUGUGGCUGCCACGGCGGGAUGUGGGUGGUGCUGGGGUGUCCCCGUGCUGGGGACAGCAGCUCCAUCCCACGGGGGAGCCGGGUGCCUCCGGCUGCUGUCACCACGUGGUGCCUGGAGGAUUGUUACAGGCAU